AUGUGCUCCCUCCCCAUGGCAAGAUACUACAUAAUUAGAGAUGCAGACCAGAAGGCUGUCUACGUGAGAGACAGCCAGCUCCUGGUGGGAGAUCCUGAAGCAGACAACUGCUGUGCAGAGAAGAUCUGUGUACUUCCCAACAGAGGCCUGGACCGCACCAAGGUCCCCAUCCUCCUGGGGAUCCAGGGAGGCAGUCGCUGCCUGGCAUGUGUGGAGACGGGAGAGGGACCUUCCCUGCAGUUGGAGGACGUGAGUAUCGAGGACCUGUACAAAGGUGGCGAGCAGGCCACGCGUUUCACCUUCUUCCAGAGCAGCCUGGGCUCUGCCUUCAGGCUCGAGGCUGCUGCCUGGCCUGGCUGGUUCCUCUGUGGCCCGGCAAAGCCCCAGCAACCAGUACGUCUCGCUGAGGAGAGUGAGCCCUCGGCCCGCACCGAGUUCUACUUUGAACAGAGUCGGUAG